AUGGAUGGUGCAACAAAGCUGGACGAGAAGGAGAACCAUGUCCUGUCCUCAAAAGAAAAGGCUCCAGUUUCGAACUCACUAAGGUCCCCACUUUCAGAGGUCCAUUCCAAUACAAGAAGUAAUAUUCCAGCUGAUGAAAGGUGUUGUAGCUUCAACAAUAAGAGGAAGGUGAAUGAACUAUGUAGCAAUGAAUGGUUAAGCUUCACGAACAGAACAGGAUCGGUACCAGCUAUUCAAAGAAUUGCUGAAGAGCAACCACGUAGAAUUUUAGAUAACAGCUUCAGCAUUGGUUUUAGAACAACUAAUGUUGCAGAAACUAUAGACGUAAAUGAAAAAUCCAGCAUUCAGACAACAGAGGACUCGCCGUUCUUGGGGUUUACUGUGCUGUCACAGGUGACUUUAUCAAGAGAUGACUCAAAGCAUGCUAGGAUGGAAAGAGCAACCAAGAUAGCUAAGAAAAGGAAGUGUGUGGACAUCCAUUCCCAACAAGAGGACAAGAAAAAUCUAAUGGAGUAUGCAGUUGAUGGAUGUAAUAAAGAUCAAGGUCAAUGUGAUGGAAGAAGUGAAAACCAGAUUAAGAAAAAUAUUUCUAUACCGAAUUCAUCAGUAAGCCAAUGGCCACUAAGUCCACCAUCAAAAGGCAAUAAGGCGUCACACAGAUCUAACACACACAUUAAAUCUACUGAACGGUCAAAUAAGGAGUAUGUGAAUAUCGGAUAUGCAAUGUAUGAAUGUGAACAUUGCAAUGCUCUUUAUUGGUAUGCUGAGAGGUCAAACAAAAGUUACAACACAACAGAUCCGAAAUUCACAUUAUGCUGUAAAGGAGGAAAUGUUCAACUUCCACAAUUACAACAGGCCCCAAGAGUGUUGUAUGAUUUGUUGUUCAACAAUACCCCUAAGAGCAAGCAUUUUCGGGAUAACAUUAGAGCUUAUAAUAGCAUGUUUCAGUUUACAUCAAUGGGUGCAAAGAUAGACCGUGGCAUAAGUCAAGCAAGAGGGCCACCAACAUUUAUCCUUUGUGGAGAGAAUUAUCAUCUAAUGGGUAGUCUGAUCCCUCCAAAGGGGAACAUUGCAAAAUUUUUUCAACUGUAUGUAUUUGAUACUCAGAAUGAGAUUGAAAAUUGCAUGGCAGCUAUUCGGGGUGAACAUCACAAAGAGAUACAUGAAGAUAUUGUUAGAGAAUUGAAACAGAUGCUUGAUGAUAACAAUGUACUGGUGAAGGCAUUUCGCAUGGUUAGAGACUCACUCGCAAGAGAGCCUAAUAAUACAAUAAAGCUCAGGCUUUUGGGUAAAAAGGGGAAGGAUGGUAGGCGAUACAACCUGCCCAACACGGAUGAGGUAGCUGCAUUGAUUGUGGGUGACUUUGACAUAGAUAAAACUGAUAGGGACAUUGUGGUAGAGACACAAAGUGGAAGGUUACAAAGGAUUAAUCAACUCAAUCCUGCUUAUUUGGGAUUACAAUACCCAUUGUUAUUUCCAUUUGGAGAGGAUGGUUACAAGGAAGACAUACCUUUCGCAAAGGGCGACAAGAGACGACUAUUCCAGCAAUUCUUGGUUGAUGGGUUCUCCAUGAUCGAAUCAUCUCGCUUAAAUUAUAUACGACUUGAUCAGGAAAAACUCAGAUGUGAGAUGUACAAGGGUAUAAAGGAAGCAGUUUUGUCCGGGGAAACAACACCGUCAUCGCGUGGCAAACGUAUUAUAUUACCAUCAUCAUUCACAGGUGGCCCAAGAUAUAUGAUUCAGAAUUACCAGGAUGCAAUGGCAAUAUGUAAGGUUGUCGGUUAUCCAAACCUAUUCAUUACAUUCACAUGCAAUACUAAGUGGCCCGAGGUAGAAGACUUUCUUAAGAAUAGGGAAUUAAAUGCAGAAGAUAGACCUAACAUAAUAUGCAGGACAUUCAAGGCAAAGCUGGAUUUGAUGAUUAAAGAUAUUAGAGCAAACAAAAUUUUUGGCAGGGUUUGUGCAGUUGUAUACACAAUCGAAUUUCAAAAACGGGGACUACCACACGCACAUAUACUAUUAUUCUUACAUAAGGAUGACAAGUUUCCGACAGCUGAAGACAUUGACAAGAUCAUAUCUGCUGAGAUUCCAGAUAAGGAACUAGACCCUGAAUACUUUGAAGCAGUGGAAAAGCACAUGAUGCAUGGUCCAUGUGGUUUAGCGAGGAAAGAUUCACCUUGUAUGGAUAAUGGAAAAUGUGUACGUCAUUUUCCUAAGCGUUUUGUCGAUUGCACAACUAUUGAUGAUGAUGGGUAUCCAGUAUAUAGACAUGUGAACAAAGGUCAUGAUUGUGUAACUGCUUCCUUCUAUAGAAGUGUCACAGCGGAUGCUGAGUUAGAUGAAUACGAUGAGGUGAGUAUGUAUUACGAUUGUAGAUACAUAUCACCAUGUGAAGCAGCAUGGAGGAUUUUUGGUUUUAACAUCCAUUACAGAGAUCCAUCUGUUGUGAGAUUGGGUUUUCACUUACCCGAUGAACAGAAUGUUAUAUUCAAAGACCACGAAAAUCUGGAGGAUGUUGUUGAAAAAGCAUCAGUAAAGGAAUCUAUGUUUUUAGGAUGGUUUCAAGCAAACAAGGAUUAUGCAGAAGCAAGGGCACUGACAUAUGUUGAACUUCCAACUAAAUUCGUAUGGAAGCCACAUGAGAGGGUUUGGUUGCCUAGAAAAUCACAUUCUGUUAUUGGUAGGAUUUUCUAUGUACCUCCAGGAUCUGGUGAAAGUUAUUACAUGCGGCUAUUGCUCAAUUUUGUAAGAGGUCCAACUUCUUAUGAGGACAUUCGUACUAUAGAUGGUGUUUUACAUUCUACUUUUAAAGAUGCAUGUUACGGACGUGGCCUCUUAGAUGAUGACAAGGAAUAUAUAGAUGCAAUAGUGGAAGCAAGCCACUGGAGAUCGGGUACAUACUUGAGGAAGCUGUUUGCCACGCUGUUGUUUUCAAAUUCAAUGGAUACACCAGAACAGGUAUGGCAGAAGACAUGGCAUCUAUUAUCUGAUGACAUACUUCAUAGGCAGAGGAGGCUUCUUGAUAACCCAGAUUUAUUCCUUUCCGAUGAUGAACUGAAGGAGUUGACGUUGAUAGAAAUUGAGAAAACACUUAACUCAUAUAAUAAGAGUCUGCAGGAUUUCUCUCCGAUGCCAGUCCCGGAUAUAAGCCAACUGAAUAGUCAACUAUAUGCUGAUGGAAUGAACAGUCAAAUACAUGCUGAUGGAAUGAUAGGUUAA